AAAGUCUGCCGAAAGGAGCCGAAGGUUUCCGAGUCUGGUCGCGUUUUCCGGACGUUGUUCCGUUGCAGGUUUUUUUUCCGCCCUUUUUGUGUCCCAGGGAAACCGGUUCACACGGUGUGUGGUGAGUGUCUCAGACCCGCUUGUCUGCAUUGAGCCUUUAUUACAUGUGUUGUGUCGGGCAGCAGCACCUCGGGCAGGAGGACAGCGCACCGACAGCCUUUGUUCGGACACAGGACCACUUGUACACCACUGGGCCACGCCAUCGGAUGUCUUGUGCUCACUGGACAUUAGUGUUAAAACGUGAAGACUUGAACAGUGGACAGUAGCUGGGAAAAGGACCCGCGAUUGUAGGAAGGCGAUGCGGUUAUGAAACGAGCUCUUUACCAAAAAAAAGGGAAAAAGAAAAAAGAGGAAAACAAAUCGUCUGCUGAUAUAUAUAUAUAUAUAUUACUGCGCUCUCUAACAAAGUGACAUUUGGGAGAUUUGCUCUCAGUCUCACCAUCAUCACAGGGCUCUGGGUGAGUCCAAAGCCAGGUGCGAAUCGCCGGACUCCUUACAACACAGCAGACGGCUUUUCGCUGACCUCUCACAUCGAACCAUGACAUCCCCACCCUCUCCCCUGGCUUCUCCCUGCCCCUGCCCUCCUCCACCUCCCUCUCUGCCCUCAUCCCCUGCCCCAUCCUCUCCUGCACCCUCCACAAUCCCAGUGCCUCCCUCACUGCCACCUACAGGAGAGGUAAUGGUGAUGGCCCUGGGCCGAAAAAAACAGAGACUCUUCAUUGCGCUUUCCAUCUUACCCAACCUCUUCUUGGCCUUCCUGCUGUCUUCUGACCCACUGUUAACCCUGGCAUCACCCCAUCACUGUCACCUGUCAGUAUCCAACCCCACAGAGGAGGUGCUAAAUGCCUCAUUGCCCUGGGAGAAGGGUACUAGGGAAGGCGACAGCGGGGGACUCUCUCAGUGCACCCAGUACCUGUUUGUUAAUGGCACACGCUCUGGUGUAGUGGACUGUGAGGUUGGUUGGGACUUUAAUGUCACAGAAGGCCUGAGGAAUAACAUUGUCACUGAGUGGAAUCUGGUGUGCUCUCAGUAUUGGCUGGUCCCAGUAGAGGAAGUGUGCUUUAUACUGGGCGUCCUCAUAGGCUGCCUGGGCCUUGGAUAUGCUGCUGACCGAUUGGGCCGGAUGAAGACCCUCCUCAUCUCGCUCACUUUGUCUGUGGUUUUUGGCAUACUGGUGUGUGUGUCUCCUUCACCCGCCAUGUUCAUUGCCAUGCGGUUCUGCUUAGCUGCAGCCACUGCUGGCGUUUAUCUUGUGCUAUAUGUUGGUCGUUUGGAACUAUGUGACCCUUCACUGCGUCUCCUGGUGACCAUGAUUGCGGGACUUACAACAGUUGCUGGGGAACUCUUAUUGCUGGGAGUAGCUGUUGGAUGCCCAACAUGGAGGGGGGUGAUAGGAACUGGAGCAGCACCUCUUUCUCUUUUCCUCUGCUAUGGUAUUCCAGGUGUUUUUCCAGAGUCUCCACGGUGGUUAUUGCUCUCAGAGAGAGCAGCUGACAUGAACUCGUUUAGUGAACACAGUGAGCGACAAAGAGAAGAUGAUGGCUUCACAGAGAUGGAGUCAGAGUCCCCACAGAGUGGUCGUCCUCACUUGUCCUUCCCAGAGUUACUCCAGAGUCGAAACAUCUGGAAAAACAUGUGUGUCCUGGGCUUUACCUCGUUCAUCUCUCAUGGCAUUAGUCACUGUUACAGCUCCUUCAGGGGCGAUGUCCGAGGCACUAGUCCCAGUUUCUAUUGGACCUACCUACUGUCUGUCUGUGCAGGAGGUGGAGCUUGGCUGUUGCUCUGGGCAACAGUGGACCGAUGUGGUCGCCGUGGGAUUCUUCUACUAGCCAUGACAAUGACAGGGCUCGCCUCUCUCAUUUUACUGGGCCUGAUGGAGUAUCUGAGUGAAUCAGCCAUUACAGUAUUCUCUGUGAUGGGCCUCUUCUCAUCACAGGCUGCUGCCUCCCUGUGUGUCCUCUUUACUGCUGAAAUCAUGCCCACCAUCAUUAGGGGAAGUGGGGUUGGUGCUAUCCUGGCUCUUGGCUGCGUAGGUCGUCUUAGCUCUCCUCUGAUGGACCUGCGCAACCACUACGGCUACUUCCUGCACCAUGUAGUAUACUCUUCUCUUGCCCUGCUGGCUGUUCUGUCCAUUCUGCUACUUCCGGAGAGCAAACGAAAGCCCCUGCCACAGACACUGGCUGAUGGUGAACAAUUCAGGCGCCCGCCACUGGGCAGGAAAAGGAGGGACAAUGUUCCAUUGCUUGCCACACCAAAUCCAGAGACCUAGCCUUCAUAGUACACUUACAUACACCUGUUCUCCUCAGCCACUCCCCAUGACUCUCACCAUGUCUGUGUGGCAGAGGAUGAGAGGGGGCACUUGGGACAAGCCUUCUUAAUCUACCAUUCUGUAAUCAUUCCUAAAGCAUAAAUGGAACUACAGCAUGCAGAGCCAUACAGGCUCCUGCUGAAGUGCGAGGGGUGAGAAACUCAAUGGUAUAGGGAGCCAGCCGCGCUCUGUAGUACCCCAGAGCUCAACUACGGCUAUUGCAGUGAGUGCCAACUUCAUAUACCAUGCAGCAGGUGGUAACCCUAAAAAGUAACACACUGGACAGUCACCUUCACAGACAUAAUACAAGUGUGUAUUGCCCAUAUCGCACUGAGUGACUCUCAAUUACAUCAACCCACACAGGCAAGGGCUCAAAAUACUACAGUUUUGUAAAUACCUAAAAUAUACUCUGUUUAAACUGAAAUAGAAUAUGAAGGUUUGGGAGGAAAUAGAAAUGUGCUCCUGCUGGCCGAUCAGCACAAUAGAACAACUUUAUUGCAAGUUCUUCUGUUAUUUAUAAACGGGUAGUUUAUAAUGGCGUUACGGUAUUGAUUAUUCUGAUUUGCGUAUGCUGGACUGGGGCAUGCCGACAGAGAAGGAGUAUUUAUGUUACAUAGGUUUACUCCUGUAGCAUUCUUAAAGACAUUUUGGUGUUGGAAGAGGAACAGGACUGAAUCUUGCCACCCUGUAUUAAUGAGUGUGCAGGGAAGAAAAGCACUAGAAUUUCCAUUUGGUCAUCCACUGAGUGCAAGCAUGGAAGAUGGGCCAAAGAAACCGAAGGAAUGAUUAAUGCAGCUUUGUUUUAGUAUCACCUCUGUCAGUUUUUUUUUUUUGGUUUGUUUAAAAAAAAAAACGCACUUAAUUUUCUGUUGGUAGUAAUUAACGAUUAUUAUAAUAAUUGCUAAAACAAUAUUACUUGAAAGUAGAAAUAAAACUUCACUUGACUGAUUGCUUAAGAUUAUUUACCUAGUAAUAAAAUGUGCUGUAAUUAUGUUGAUAAAUCUUUAACCUAAUUUAAUUGAAAAUAAAAUGUUAAAAAUGAAAUUGGGCUCUGUAUUUAUAUGAAUGUGAUGUAAUGUGGUCUGUGAUGGACUGAUGUGUAUUAGCGCACAGUCAUGCCAUGACCGUGACCAGGAUAAAGUGAAUACUGCAAAUGAAAGAAA